AUGUUCGGGGUGGCAGAUAAACAGAACAUGUCUCGAGGAGCAGCGGGAGACCUGAUGGGACUCAGGAGGAAGCAGCAAAUGAAGAUUAAUGAGGGUCGUCUGCAUUCACACCUGGAUAAACGGGGAUCAGGUGAGAAGAAUGUGGCCCAUAUUACAGUGGAGGAUCUGGGGAUAGAUAACACAGGCUUUAGCCUGGGGGACGAGAGCCCCCUGACCCCCAGGAACAGCAUGGCCCCCUUGUUCAGCUCUGCAUCAUCCUGCUCAAGGGCUCUGAAAAAGAAAGGACUAAAUGCUCUGUCUUCACUUGUUAUACCGCCCCAGGUUCAACCAACAGUCGCCAUUAGCUACACGCAGGCUGAUGAAGAAGAGGAGGAAUUCCAGCUGGUGUUUGAAAAUGGCGGUGAUAGCACAUCUGGUGCUGGAGGCCUCCUGACAACACCCAUAAUCAACCUGAUUCCACCCACUCCCUCUAAUGUUGUUGAUGAUGGUCGAUUCUUUGACGGCAAUUUAGAUGAAUGUGAGGCUUGUUCAUCUCAGAGUGAUGGAAGGUCUGUUGCUGCAGACCUGGACAAGAACGGUAGAGUGGAAACAGAGGAAUCAAAAAAAGGAUUCACACUGGCUGAAGGAAGUAAUGAAAUUGCUGAAAGCAGACCCAUCAGUGGUGGUGGUCUAAGCGAUAAGUCUGGAGACCAAGAAGAAUCUGUACCUCAUAAAAAGCUGGAUAAAGAUAAAGUAAGAGCCGCAUUCCUAUCAAGUGCCUUUAAGGAGGCUCCUAUACCCGAGAUCUCAAAUAAACGGGGAAGCAACACAGGAAUAAAUUUUCUAUCAUUUACUGAACAUAACUUGGAUGACUUGGGCAACAGAGAACUUAUCCGUCCUGACAUGCUGAAGAAAGAUCUUGACCAGCUUCCUCACACAGCCCGGAUGGAGGCCUUUACCUUUCAUAGGCGACCAUUAACACGUUCCUGCAGUCUCGGAGAAACAGUUCAGACUUCUGCUUUCCAUACAUCAACACAGACCACAGAUCUGUGCAAGGAAAGAAAAGGAUUACUUCAGCAAAGGCGCAUAACCAUUGCUUCAUAUGAGCCUCAUUCAGCGGAUCAGAAUGGAAACUUCGCUGACAAGGAUUUAUACAAGCAAGAGGCCAAAUCCCUCAGUGAGCUGAGCAUAGACGAAGUCUGCCAGUGGUUUACCAGUAUUGGACUGCAAAAAUGUCUCCCUUUAAUCCGAGAAGCUAAACUGUGUGGAUCAGACAUAGCCUCAGUAGAUGCCAACACACUGGACAUCCUCCACAUCAGCUCACUGGAGGACAGAGAGCAAUUACUGUCAGCUAUCUAUAAUGCGCUCCACCCUCCCAGCACCAUCACUCAGACUCUUGACUCUUUGCUUGUGACUUUAGAGCCAAGUAAGGUAGAAACGUUCACUACAGAUUUGGCAUCCAUGAGCAGGUCCACAUCCUCUCCCCAUGUAAGCUGCCUGAGUAUGAAUCGGCGUUCUUUUAAGUUCAGGAACAGAAGCCAAAACCUCAUGGCACCAAGGAGUUCUCAGAUGAUAGAGAUCACAAUUAACGCAUCAGAACAGAUAGUCCAUCUCAGGACUCCAAAGGAAACAACAGUGGGAAAAAUCAUGGAUUCAUGCAUGAAAAUGCUUGGAUUGAUGGACAAUAAGACUCUAUUCACACUAAAAGAGAAGCAAGAUUCCUUUGAGGAGCUGUCCCUGGAUCAGCAGAUAGGAACUUUAUUGAAGACACCAUUAGAGAACGGGCAGCUGGAGCUGCAUCUGUGUAAAGUGGAAAAACAAAUGAAUUCUGCAUCAGAACUUAAUCUGAAUAUGAACGGUGAAAAAGGCAUCAACAGCAAAAAUGCCCAGGUGAACCAGCCAGGUAAAGAGGAGAGGAUCCGGGAGCUAAAGCAGCAGGUGGACUCGCUGCAGAAUGUCAUCCUUCAGGUCCAGGAGCUUCACCACGGCCUGGUAGCGUUUUGCUCAGAGAUAAAGAACAUGGAGCCAGAUGUGAAUGUGGACAGGCUGAGUUCUGCUGAGCUGAAACAGAGGCUGGAGAUGGUAAACAGCCAACUGGAGGAGAAGAGGCAGAGGCUGCAGAUCCUCAGAGACAGCAUUAACAACUCAGCUGCUCAUAAAAACAAACAGCUGGAGGUUCAUCUGCUGGAAAAGAUUAAGCUGAACUGCCAAGUGUUUAAGGAAGAAAUUACCAUUGUACAUCUCAAUCGACAAGCUACUCAUCUCCUAAAUGCCUGGCAAGGAAGCUCCAUGAAGGAGAAAGCUCAAAAACAGACUUCAGCUUUAAGCAGCUUGAGCCAGCUUGUGACGCCUCAGUCUCCAGCCAUGCUGAUGGUCGUGCAAGAGAAGCAGCUUCCUGAUGGGCAUUAUGGCUUCACGUGCUGCCACAGAGAUGACCAAGGACUGGUGGUGGUGAAGGUGGACAACUCCCACCUGUUUGUGGGAGACAGACUCGUGGAAGUGAAUGGGGCGCCGGUGGUCAGUGCCACCCUGGAAGAGCUGAAAGAUCUGCUGCGUCUCGGACCGUGUGUCCAGAUUGUUGUUCUUCGCCAGCCUCCACCUAUUCUGGUCUCUACUUGUCUCAAGCAACCGGUUAUAAGUCCAGAUCAUGUCCAAACACUCUGGCCUCAAAGGGAUGAAGUGACUACAGAAACCGCACCACAGAGAAAGAUGAUGGCCAUCUAA